AUGGAGAAGUCGUCGGGAGAGGCUCUGACCAAGGUUAUGAAGGUCAACUGCACCAACAACAGACCAGUUAAAGUGAGGGAUACCAUCUUGGAGGAAGUAACAUCUUUUGUCUACCUAGGCAGUGUAGUCAGCAUUGACGGAGGUUCCGAUGAAGAUUUCAAGGUCAGGAUAAACAAAGCCAGAGUAGCUUUCAAUACGCUGAGGAAAGUGUGGUCCUCCCAUGUCAUCUCACGGAGAACCAAAUUUAGAAUUAUUAACACCAAUGUCAAAGCAGUCCUCCUCUAUGGCUCAGAAACGUGGAGAACAACUAAGCAAACGUCCCAGAAAUUGCAGACCUUCGUCAAUAAGUGCCUUAGGCGAAUCUUAAAAAUCAGUUGGACUGACAGGGUAACGAACGAGAUGCUGUGGGAAUUAGCAGGCGAGGAACCAAUCAUAACUCAGAUCUCAAAGAGAAAGUGGAGAUGGAUAGGUCACAUCCUAAGGAAACCGGCUAACAACAUCACCCGGCAGGCACUACGUUGGAACCCCCAGGGCAAGAGAAAGAGGGGUCGUCCCAGGAACUCCUGGAGAAGAGGUGUAGAGUCCCAAAUGAGAAACUGGGGCCACACUUGGGCCACUUUAGGAAGAUUUGCCCAGGACAGAACCCGAUGGAGGACGGAACUGGUUAAUGGCCUAUGCUCCAACCGGAGCUAA